GUGGUGCACACCUGUAUUCUCAGAAGGCUGAGGCAGGAGGAUCAUUUGAGCUCAUGAGGGCCCAGGAGGUCAAGGCUUCAGUGAGCCAUGAUCAUGCCACUGCACUCCAGUCUGGAUGACAGAGAGAGACCGUGCCUCAAAAAAUAUAUAUUAAAAAAAAAAAAAAAAAAAGCUGACCCCAAAGACAAAUAAGAUUCCCCUGGCAUUGUGUAUUGUUGACAUUCCUCUGGUAUUGUGUAUUGUUGACAGCUCCAUACUAGCCUUUAGGAAUUGUAGAUUCCACCUCAGCAUCCAUUUGAUAACCUAAUGUGAAUAUGGGCCUGCUGCUCCAUUUCAGCUCACUCACUCUUUUACCUUGGUCCCUUUGUGAAAACUCAUUUCUCAUCUUCCAUUUGGAGUUUAUACCAUUUGGCCAGGCACAGUGGCUUAACACCUGUAAUCCUAGCACUUUGGGAGGAUGAGGCAGGAGGAUUGCUUGAGCCCAGGAGUUCAAAACCAGACUGGGCAACAUAAUGAGACCCCAUCUCUACAAAAAAUUUUAAAAAUUAAUUGGGCAUGGUGGCAUACACUUGUGGUCCCAGCUACUCGGAAGGCUGAGGUGGGAGGAUCCCUUGAGCCCAGGAGAUUGAGGCUGCAGUGAGCUAUGAUCACACCACUGCACUUCAGCCUGGAUGACACAGCAAGACCCUGUCUCAAAAAAAAUAAGUCUUAGGCCAUUUUUAUUACAAGUAUUGUUAUAGUUCAAAUACCAAAGCAUUUACUAUUAGAAAGAAACCAAGGGAAAAAACUAGUUACUAAGUCUUAAUUACCAACUACCAUUUUAAGGUGUAAUUUGAAAAUUAAAUUGAUUGAAUAAAUGAAAAAUACAUCAGUUGUUCAGGAAACUACCUUUGUUGUAGGGUGGUGUGAACCAAAUCAGGCUGCAGUGUGAUGCAGAGGUAGUUGGUUGUUUCCACUUUAGUAAGUGUCAGUUUUUAGAAGGAUGGAUUUCGACCAGAGAACAGGAAAACUGGCCACACCUCCCUCUCCCCAAGGCAAACAUCCACUUUAUAGUUUACCAUCACAUUUUCAUUUAACAAACAUCCAAGUAGCAUUCACAAAGUGUACAGCCCUGUGGUGGGGAGGGACACAAAGAUAAGUUCUGUACAGACCCUCACAGAGACAAAGAAGGGCACCUAAUAAUGGAAGGAAACAAAAGGGGUAAGGAGUAGGGACAAGACACCCAAAUAUGGCAGCUAAAGGUAGAGAGGGGCCUCUGAAACCUUGGGCCCAGCUGGGGCUGGAGGGUGGGGCGAGCUCACCAAGUUCAGGGCAUCAGGUGUGGCUUUGUGUUAGGGCUGGUGGUCACAUACCUUCCCCCAGCAUCUCCAUGGGGAGUGUGGGCCUGUAUGAAUGCAGGAGGCAAGCUCUGCACUAGGGGAGCUCAGGAUACAGCCAGGUUGCUCAGGCCCUAGGCCUGGCUUUUCCUGUUUCUUGCAGGUGAGGUUGCCUGACCUCUGUACCUGUUAACUUGUCUUUUAAAAAUGGGAUAGUGGUGUCUACCUCACACAAUGAUUGUGAUUAUGAAGUUCAGACAUGUAGUGCUAAAAUGGUACCUGGCUUGCAAGAGUGCUGUGUGAAUGUGGCCCAUGGCAACCAUCUCAGGUUGCAAGGGUCACAAAGAUAGCUUGUCUCAGCAAAGGAAUAAGGGCUCAGUAGAGACGGGGUUUCACCGUGUUAGCCAGGAUGGUCUCGAUCUCCUGACCUCGUGAUCCGCCCGCCUCGGCCUCCCAAAGUGCUGGGAUUACAAGCGUGAGCCACCGCGCCCUGCCGAAAACCGGAGACUUUCUACACUAGAUGCAGGGACCACUGGGCCGAAGGAAGAAAUCCCGCCUUUCACCAAGCCCAGAACUGGGCACGGCGUGGAUUUGCUCGCUGCCCCUCCCAGAAUUGGACGAAAAGGAGGUGGGGUCAGCAGGCGCUCGGCAGGGCGGGCUCGCUCCUGACACGUGGCAGCGCUCAGCCAAUUGGCGCGGGGCGUCCGAAGCCACGGCAACAGGUUGCUUCUGCAGUCCGAGCUGAGCGUCUUUCGCACGACUUGGAGUUACGGUUUAUCUGAUACCCCGGUACCCCCCUACGCAAGCAAGCCCACAUCGACACACAUUCACACACGCCCUUCAGCACCCCCUCCCAGCACCACAACCAUGGACCACGACUAUGAAGCCUACCACAGUCUGUUCUUGUCGCUGCUCGGACUCUGCCCGUCUAAGACUCCCAUCAAUGAAAAUGCCGCCGUUUUUGAUCCUGAACUGGUCAUUGCCCACUGCUUCAAGCAGUUCAAGCAGAAGGACUUCCGCCUGCCUCAGACCCGCCGGCGAAUCAUCAUGGUGCCUCACAAGGAGGAUCAGACACCCAUUAAUCCUGCCUCCCAACCUCAGGCUCCCCCAAAGCCCAUCCCCAGCUUCAAAGCUCUGGAAGCUAGAGAUAUCCAAGAGCAGCCAGAGGACAGGAAGACCUGGCUGAGCCGGAGGGCGAAGCUGCGGCAGGAGCUAGAGUCCUUUGGUGAUGUAAAGAGGUGGCUGGAGAACAAGCCCAGCAUCACGCCUUCAGAGGCCAAGGUCUUACACCUGAUCCACGAGGAGCAGAGUGCCCAGCCAAAUGCCUCCCAGGCAACUACCAGGACCACCAGGAAGAAAGCCCCCCAGCUCUCCCGGCUGUCCCGCCAGAUGGUGCCCCAGCUCCAGCUGCCCAAGCCCCCUGCCCUGUCGGUCAUGUACUCCUACCUGCAUAGCCGCAAGGUCAAGAUCCUGGAGAUAUUUCACAAGGUGGGCCAGGGUGAGAACGAGAGAAUCACCAGGGAGGAGUUCAUCGCGGCUGUAAAGGCAGUCGGAGUCCCUCUGAAGAACCAAGAAGUGGAGGAUAUAGUGAUCUACCUCAGCUCUCUUGGGAAGCACAACACCAUUACCAUGGGUAUCCUGGCCAAUACCUACAAGCAGUGGUCUAUGGCUCAGCAAAGGAGCAGGCUGGCCACUGCAAGGGAGCGUUGUAUCUUGGCCAAGCACAGAGAUUCCCUGAAAGGUCCGCUCAAGAAGCAGGAGGUGGAUUCAGCCCCACAGCUUCCCAAAGUGGACCUGCUAACGGUGCCUGCAGUUGACACGCAGAGGGAGGCGCGGCCCAUGACCCUGGAGGAGAUGGAGGAAGUGGGCAAGCGGUACCGCCAGCGGCAGCGACAGCACAAGCUCACGAUCCCCUCCAUCCAGUACACGGAGCAGUGCCGCCUGGUGAGCUGUGGGAAUCGGCACUUUGAUGAGCACUGCCUCCCGUCCACCAUCCACGGGGAUAUGAGGGAGCUCAUUGAGUCGGCCCGCAGGAACAACUUUCUGGUCUACCUGCAAUGCUGGAAGCUCUGUGAGUCCUAUGGCCUCCCGCUGACGGAGGACAUCCUCAUGAAAGCCUUGCUGUACCCAGGAGACAAGAUCAUUUUCCAGAUGGACAAAGUGCGCCCCAUCCGGCAGCCGGGAGGCUACUACUCUGACUGGAAGGUCUUUUCUCCCAAUCUGGCUCUGCUCCGGUCCCAGGGCCCCGGCAAGUCUAAGAGGACUGACAAGAAGAUGCCAAAGAAAAGCAAGAAAAUGCACUUUAAGGAGUUUGAGGAAUUUACCAGGAAGCUGAAGGUGAAGAGGUCCAGUGGUCUGCAGCAAACACACCCCAAUUCCUUCUGGCCGGGUCACCUUCUGGAUAAGCUGCAGCUCUACCUGCCCACUGUGGCCACAGACCGGAGCCUGGCGCUCUUCAGUUGUGUUCAACACCAGCCCCAUGUCUACCCAGCCACCUACCACCCUGACCACUGGUGGCCCCUUAGGAACAAGAACUACAUGACCUGCGCCCAUUAUGAUGCCGCCAAGGUGUACUACAUCAACUAGAGCCGGCCAGGUGUUCCCGGACUCAGCCUUCUUGGGCCAGGGGCCAGUGCAGCCAGCGGCCCAGAGCCCAGACACAAGAGGAGUGUCAAAGAGUCAAACUAAAGAAAUUCUUUCAAAGAGGGAUGGCCGGGGGCCAGUUCCCUCUGGACUCAAAGUGUCCAGUGUCUCAGAGAGUAGAUGUGUCCAACGAAGGACGUGCAGUUUUUUACUAUUUCCCUCCCCUGACCUCUGCCCUUUCUACAUAAAGCAGGUUGGAGUUUUUCUCACUUCACCUGUGACCCAGCUGAUGUGAUUUCUUGCUCAGGAGCUGUGACCGGGGGGAGACCUUGAGCAUGGGAAAUACAGGUACAUUCCCUGGGCUAUUCCAGGGAUGACUGCAGGCCACCCCCAGCCUCUUGUCCCGGGAUCCCAGUGGGGAAACCUUAAGCCUGGGGGAAUACAGGUACAUUCCCUGGGCUAUUCCAGGGAUGACUGCAGGCCACCUCUAGCCUCUUGUCCUGGGACCCCAGUGCCCACAGGGAAGCAGUGUGGGUACCCCUGUGCUCUCCUCUGUGAAGUGAGGUGGCAGCAUGUCCCGUACCCCACAAAGACUGAGCCAUCAGGUUACUACUUCCAAAUCUCUUGGGUCUUUGGAAACUGAAGGCAGGCUGUCUGGUUCAUGAACCCUCCCAGUCGAUGAACCCACUUGACCCGAUCAAGACCUUUUCUUUCAUGACAUGCAUCAUUCAGGCUGUCAUUAGCAAUGUGCUUCCCUGCUCCGCAUCCCAUCUCACUACAUACAGCCUGCAGGAUAAGCACGAUUCAUGAGGUGUGGAAUAGGCACAGAUGCAGCAGGGUUCUAGCCCCAGCACUACGGCUUGCCAGCUGUGUGACCUCAGACAUUCCACUUCUCUGGGUCUCCUCAAACUCCCCACUCCCUUCACGCCCAAAAUCUCACCAUGGAGUUGUUAACACACCCUUCUCACCUCUCUCUCAUUCAGUCAUCAAUACAAUCCAGUUUAGCUUCUGACUCCUCUGGUCCCCGGAACUAUCCCUGUCAAGAUUGCCAGUGACGUCUGUACUGUGUUCCAGGAGUGGAAUCUAGGAGGUUUUUUUCCUCCUGAAAUUUGAUUUUCAAAAUAAUCCUAAAAACAAAAGCUAGGCCGGGCGCGGUGGCUCACGCUUAUAAUCCCAGCACUUUGGGAGGCCAAGGCGGGCGGAUCACGAGGUCAGGAGAUCGAGACCACGGUGAAACCCCAUCUCUACUAAAAAUACAAAAAAUUAGCCGGGCGUGGUGGCGGGCGCCUGUAGUCCCAGCUACUCGGAGAGGCUGAGGCAGGAGAAUGGCGUGAACCUGGGAGGCGGAGCUUGCAGUGAGCCGAGAUCGCGCCACUGCACUCCAGCCUGGGCGACUGAGCAAGACUCCCAUCUCAAAAAAAAAAAAAACAAAAGCUAAGGGCCGGGCGCGGUGGCUCAAGCCUGUAAUCCCAGCAUUUUGGGAGGUCAAAGCAGGCAGAUCACCUGAGGUUAGGAGUUUGAGACCAGGUUGACCAACAUAGUGAGACCCUUGUCUCUACUAAAAAUAAAAAAAAAUUAGUCGAGUGUGGUGGCACACACCUGUAAUCCAAGCUACUACGGAGCCUGAGGCAGGAGAAUCACUUGUCCCUUGAACCUGGGAGGCAGAGGUUGCAGUGAGCCGAGAUCAUGCCACUCCAUUGCACUCCAGCCUGGGCGACAGAGUGAGACUCCCUAAAAAAAAAAAAAAAAAAAAAAAAAAAAAGGCUAAGCAAA